ACUUUUAAUUUCUUCGGGGUUUACGCAAACGCAGUCGUUUGAAUAGCAAUGGGCAGAUAGCAAAGAGAUUUAAGGCCUGAACCGAGAUGAAGAUCGACAAGUGCUGGCUGUGCUCCAGCAACAUUUAUCCUGGCCAUGGAAUUGUAUUUGUUCGUAACGACUCCAAAAUCUUCAAGUUCUGCCGUAGCAAGUGCCAUAGACACUUUAAGGCUAAGCAUAAUCCAAGAAAACUCAAAUGGACAAAGGCAUAUCGCAGACUAGCAGGCAAAGAGCUUGUGGUUGAGGAAAACUUUGAAAGUGAAAUGAGAAGGAACACUCCGGUCCGUUACAACCGUGAAAUGUACAUCGACGCCAUCAAGGCUAUUAAAAAGACUGAACGCGUUGAAGCUUUGCGCAAGUUGCUUCUUUACAAACAGAGAAGAAGGCAGUUGCUAUCAAAGAAACUAUCGCUUGCAGAGAAGGAGAUGGAAGUGCAUCAAGAUCUUCUCAAGGAGAAAGAGCAAGAAACUACUGCAUCUGCCACAGAGAAGAGCACGAAGCAUAUCAAAAUCCCAGAGGAAACGAAAUUGCGCAGAAAAAAGAAGGCCGCUCCUGUCACGGAGUCUAUGGAUAUCGACUGAUUUUAAUGCAGAGUACACUAUGGUGUAAGAGUCAAGAUGGAGCUGCGAAGUGUUUUAUCCAGUGCAGACUCGCAGACUCUUUAAAAUUGUAGUCAUUAA